AUGGCGAAAAAGAAAUCAACUCGAUCAGCCAAUGAGCCAAAGCAAAUGCCCAUUCAGCAGGAGGAGAAUAGCGAUUUAGAGCAACCCAUAUCCGCCAUGGAUGAUGACUCGAAGUUGCAGAGCUUGAAAUCGUUGAACGAACGGCUUCUUAAGCAGGUGGUCGAGAAGAGAGUGGAGGUCGGGGAUCUUGUCCACAGUAAAGAAGCAUUGGAACUCGACUUGAAGCGGAAUGUGGACGAGAAGGAACAGGUAAUGGGUGAGUUGACUGAGGCCCGCGAUGGGGUUUAUGGGUUGGAAUUGGAGAGGAAUGUGGUUUGUGUUUAUCUGCAGAGUCGAAUGGAGGAAAUGGGUAAUGGGAUGUGUGGUUUACUUGAGAGUGAAAGAGUUAAGGGUUUGGAGAUUAGGAGAUUGAAGAGUGAGAUUAAUGUACUUGCUUUGGAGGUUGAGGAAGAGAGGGAGAAAUGGAGGAGAGUUUGCUGUGAGAGGGAUGGGAUUAAGGUUCAGUUUGAUGACUUGUUCAAGGAAACAGGGGAUUUGAAAGGGAAAGUGGUUGAAAUGGAGAGAAAUGAGACAAGGGCAUUGGAAGAGAUUGAUGAUUUGAAGGGAAAAUGCAAAAAGUUGUUGACUGAAAAAAAGGAGUGUGAUAUUAUGAAUGGGACUCUGAUGAAAGACAAUGAAUUGAUCAAGAAGUUGUUAGAUGAGUCAGGUCGGGUAGUUGAAGAUUUAGAGAGGAAAGUGGAUGUGAAAAUGAAGGAGAAAGUAGAGAUUGAAAAGGAAAAAAAUGGGCUGAAAAUGGAGAUUGAGAAGUUAGAGAGGGAAGUGGCUGAAUUGAAAGAGAGUACAUUUUGUUUCAAACAAGAAAAGGAAGAAAAUGGGAAGAAACUUUCUGAGCUUCAAAUGAGAAUUGAAGAGGCUGUGGAGAAGGAAAGUGGCAUGCUGAUGGAGUCUGAUGUUCUAGUCAAAGAGUUACAGAAGAAGGAGAAAGCUAUGGAGAUGUUAACUCAAGAAAGAGAUUCACUUGAUUUGAAUUUUAAUCUAGUCCAAGAGGAGGCGAAAAGUUUACGACGCACAAUCGAGAUACUCACACGUGACAAAGUUGAAAUGGAGGAGGCAAAAACCGAAGCAGAGAAUAUCAUUGGAGACUUGCAAAAGGAAUCCAGUAAACUAAAAGAAGCUAUAGCUUCUUUGACUAAGAUGACUGAUGUCGAGAAAGCGAGAAAUGAGGAUUUGCUGACUGAAAUAGGUCGUCUUCGUGAUGCUUUAGAUGAAGUUUCGCUAGAGAGGGAGGGUGCUAGAAAGAAUUUUGGUGAUGAGAAGAAAAAUGUUGAGAAGCUGAGUUUGUUACUCAAAGACGAGGAGAGGAAGUUUGAAGAAGCCAUGAAUGAACUAGAUAAAGCAAAGAUUGCACAAGAGGAUUCACUCAAUGUGAAGAAGGAGAUGGGGAGGCGGAUCGAUAUCUUGAUUCGCGAAAGGGAUUCAUUGGAGAAAAGUUUGUUGGAAGCAAAGAGUAGAAUCGAUGAACUGAAAGAUAAGGUGAAAUCAGCUGUUGGUAAUUCAGAGAAAGCGUUGGCAUUGUUGAAGAAAACAUGUUUGGCUGUUUGUGAUGGUUAUGAGAAGGGAGAAGUGGAAGAAGCUUCUUCUGGGCAUAAGCUUGUUGAAGAAAUUCAGCCAUUUGUUGAACAUUUGGAUGCAAUAAAAACAUCCUUCACAAACAAGGAGAAAAUGGUGGAAGAAAUGAAGCGACAACUCGAGAACGAACGAGCAGAAGAACGGAAGAAGAAGAGCUUCUUUACCAUAGUGACUGCAGCAACAACAAUAUUGGCUGCUGUCUCUGCUGUUUAUGUUAGCAAAGGGCGCUGA